CUCCUACCUGAAGGCAUGCAGGUAUACAUACCGCCUUAUUUCAUCCAUCAUAAUCCUCAGUAUUUUUCACCUUCCUCUGACAAGUUUGUUCCUGAAAGAUGGAUGACAAGUUCAGGCUUUGCAGAGAAUCACAACCUGGACAUGUUUAUUCCAUUUUCAUAUGGACCUGUGAGCUGUAUUGGGAAGAAGCUUGCUAUGGAGGAGAUGAUAAUGUUGAUGAGUCUUUUGGUGCAGAGGUUUGAUAUGCGUUUCGAAGAAGGAUUUGAUAGUGGGGCUUGGCCACUUGGUAUACUUGACUAUUUCGUAAUGACACAGUUGAGACUUCCUGUUGUGAUGACCCUAAGAGCUCAGUAG